GAUCAAGUUCUUCGAAGUCUCCCCCGGUGGGAGGCCCCACCUCCGCUCCCGCUUCUAGCUCGGCUCCUGCUCGCCGUACAGAAGAGACCCGCGCUAUGGCAGACGUAAGCAAAUGGCCCCUAUUUACCCUGCUGGGGCCCCAGGAGGUUGCCUCCAUCCGCCAGGCCUGUGUCUUUGGCACCUCAGCCAACGAAGCUAUUUACUGCACGCACACCGAUGAGGUCUUUGUAUUUGGGCUGAACUGCAGCAACUGUCUGGGGACAGGGGACAACCAGAGCACCAUCGUGCCCAAGAAGUUGGACUGCUUAGCUGGGAAGAGGGUGGUUAGCCUGAGCUACGGCAGCGGGCCGCAUGUGUUGCUAGCCACCCAAGAUGGUGAGCUUUACGCUUGGGGACACAAUGGAUACAGCCAGCUUGGCAACGGCACCACCAACCAGGGUGUCUCCCCCAUCCUGGUGUCUGCCAACCUUCUCAACAAGAAGGUGAUGGACGUGGCCUGCGGUUCUCAUCAUUCCAUGGCUCUGACCAACGAGGGGGAGGUGUUUGCUUGGGGUUACAACAACUGCGGUCAGGUGGGCUCCGGUUCCACCGCCAACCAGCCCACUCCCCGCAAGGUGUCCAUCUGCCUGCAGAACAAGGCAGUGGUCAGCAUCGCUUGCGGACAGACCUCGUCCAUGGCCGUGGCAGACAACGGGGAGGUCUAUGGCUGGGGCUACAAUGGCAAUGGGCAACUUGGGCUGGGAAACAACGGGAACCAGCUGACCCCGUGCCGACUGGCAGCUCUCCAGGGUGUCUGUGUGCUGCAGAUCGUCUGUGGCUACGCUCACUCACUGGCACUAACAGACGAGGGCCUGCUGUACGCCUGGGGCGCAAACACGUACGGCCAGCUGGGCACGGGUAACAAGAGCAACCAGCUGAGCCCUGUGCACAUCAUGGCUGAGAAGGAGAGGAUUGUGGAGAUCGCCGCCUGUCACUCCACGCACACAUCAGCGGCAAAGACGCAGAGCGGACAGGUGUACAUGUGGGGACAGUGUCGCGGACAAGCCGUCGUGCUGCCUCACCUCACGCAUUUCAGCUGCACUGACGAUGUCUUUGCCUGUUUUGCCACUCCUGCGGUCAUGUGGCGUCUGCUGUCCAUGGAGCACGAUGAUUUCCUGACCGUGGCCCAGUCCUUGAAGAAAGAGUUUGACAGUCCGGAGACGUCAGACCUCAAGUUCAGCGUGGAUGGGAGAUUCAUCCACGUCCACAAGGCUGUGCUGAAGAUCAGGUGCGAACACUUCCGCUCUAUGUUCCAGUCUCACUGGACUGAGGACAUGAAGGAGGUGAUUGAGAUCGAUCAGUUCUCCUAUCCGGUGUACCGCUCCUUCCUCGAGUUCCUCUACACAGACACUGUGGACCUGCCUCCAGAGGAUGCCAUUGGCUUGCUGGAUCUGGCCACAUCGUAUUGUGAGAACCGGCUGAAGCGACUCUGUCAGCACAUCAUCAAGAGAGGCAUCACGGUGGAGAACGCCUUCUCCUUGCUGUCGGCCGCUGUGCGCUACGACGCUGAGGAUCUGGAGGAGUUCUGUUUCCGGUUCUGUGUGAACCACCUGACUGAGGUCACGCAGACAGCUGCCUUCUGGCAGAUGGACGGCAACUUGCUCAAGGAAUUCAUAUGCAGAGCCAGUCGCUGUGGAGCCUUCAAAAACUGAACCCCUUCCCUGGCUGGGAUUUCUCCCAUCAAGAAGUAGGCGUUGUCUCUCCCUCCACACAGACAGGUGGUUCCUGUGAUCAGCAGCUGGGCAAGAGGUUAAUUCCAUCACCAAAAUCUUCAUCUUGAGCAGCAGGAAGGAAAAACAUUGUCAUGCUUCUGGUAUGUGGCCUCCAGUGGACACUGCAUACUAAUGCAUAGAAAUGAGUACAUAUUUUGUUCUCUAACCUUAGUCUUCUGAAAUGGUCAGCCAUUCAGGUCAACUCAAAGCAGAAAGGGACCUCUCCUGUUGCUUAGCCUGUCUUUAACUACUGCACUCCAUUAACAGGAAUGUGCCUGGGUGUUUUUUUUUUUCCCUUCCCCCUUUUCAAUGGGGAUGUGAACUGGCAGACUGACCUUCAGGCCCUUUUGCAAAAGUCUGGUCUGCAUUUCUCAUGAUAGGGAAGAAAACCACAGCUCAUAUGGGAAUAAUUAAAGCAUGUUUUACUGGAGGACCUGGAGAAUUUUCUAAACACAUUAACUGCACUUAAAAUACUCUGAAAUAGUCUUACAGGUUUCAUCUACACUGGAUUUAUUUAAUGUACUAAGGUUUGUAAAAUGAUCUGAGUUGCUGUCGGUUCCUUUGAGUACACAGCUGUAACAGUACAUCCUUCCUAGGAAGAAAAAAAAAAAAGCCAAAGGCUAUUUGAACUGCAACAUGGGUUCCUAUAAUAAAGGCUUUGUGACAAGCUCUUGUUGACAAAAGAUUUGCACAUGAACCUUUUACUAUGUUUAAGGUACAUGACAAUAGUUUGACAGGUAUUGCUACAACAGGCUCCAACCCACACGAGCAGCUGUUUUGAACAUUUUUAAAAUGUUUGUUUUUCAGGACUUGUAUACAAAAGUAUGUUCUGUUGGAUUUAUACCUGUAGUCCUACAAGAGCUUUUUUUUUUUUUUUUUUUUUUUACUGUUGGGCUGAAUUUUGAAAAUUAAGGUGGUGUUGCUGCUAGUUAAAGCAAUGAGUAUAAUGUGGGGGUGAGUGCACUUUACAUACAUUUGCCUUUGAGUUACAAGAGCUUAAAAUUUUCUAUAAUUAAUAUAUGGGGUAUUUUUAUUGCUCCAGUUUUUCCCCCUUUAAGAAUCAUACUAUUACUGUACAUAUACCUUAGUAUUACAGUAUUAAGUAUUUCCACCAUGCAGUGGAACUGCUUAACUGCAUAUAGAAAAUUGUAAACAUGACAUUUUUAUACAUUUACAGUCCCUCCUGGCUACAGAUGACUCUUACUAGUAAGCAGUAAAGGAGGCCUUAUGUGUAAAGUGUUAAAAUGCCUCUAAACUCAGUUGUAUAGUAAAACAGUAAUGCCAGUAGUAGUCAUUCAUACAUUUGAAAAAUGAGAACUAUUUCAAGGUAAUGUAUUGCCAUAUAAAAACUGGAUGUUAAAAAAAAAAAAAAGUUUAGGGUUCUUAGUUUGCAGUGAGUGGUACAGAAAUGAAUCUUUUUAAAUAAACUUGUGCUGUAUUCCAUGCAGAAUUCACUACUGUCUCAUAUUGUCCCCUUUAAGUAAUAAAUGUAAACAAUUUCCUCUGUUUUUCAUAGAAAUUAUACUGACUUCUCACCUUAAGAACAAAACUGGAACCGAUUCACUUUUAGCAUUAAAUUAAUACACAUGUGGCUUGACUUAACACAGGGGUUGGACUUUUUAAAAACCCGAGACAAAGCUAUUGUAAACUGCAGGACAUUUUAAAAAAAAAAAAAACCUCUGAAUUACAUUAAAUCUAAGGAUAAGAAAUUUUAAAAUAAAAACAUCACCCAAACAUCUUAUUGAAUGUGGGCUUCACUGAUUCCUCCAAUAAACAUAACCAGUGUUGUAGCCAGGUGGGCUACACAAUCUGAGUCUCAAAAAAGCAGUCCAACCUCAAUUUAGUUACAGACUAUGUUCUUUAGAAGUUUUGAAUAUAGCUAAAAAAUUAUUAAAGAUUUCAACAUUAAGGUGCAUAAAAUUUAACAUGAAUCCAAAAUGACAAACACAUUCUAUUCCCAUUCAGUGCUGACUGUUGACAUACUCAGCUCAAACAUGCCAUUCCUCAUCUAGUUACAUCAGGAACACCAGACAGCAGCUGUAAACACUGCAGAAGGGAGUUAAGCAUUAUUUGGGCAUCUUUAACCGCAAACUAAUGGCUGGGUGUGUGCAUACGAGUAGGGUUUGCUCUGCAACACAAAAAUUUUCAAAAAGCCCCAACACAAAAGUUUGUAACAUUCAUAUAAAGAAACCUUAUAUACAACCCCUGGCAAAAAUUAUGGAAUCACCACACUUUGAGGACAUUCACACAGCUUUUUUACGGUGUAGCAAAUAAAUCAGAGAGAACAC